AUGACAGCUAAUUCAGAAAAGAAUAACGUUACUAUAGCUGAUGAAGAAACAUCAAUACUGUCAAUUAAUAAUGUUGAUCAGUUAUAUGGUCAAGUCAAUUUCAAAGCAAAUUUUAGCUGUCUUUCUCUUAAGAUGCUGAAAUUUUUAUAUCAAGAAAUGGGUAUUUCUGAUAUUAGCAUUAAACAAAAAUUAAUAAGUAGAUUAGUUAGUAAAUAUAAAGGUAGAGAGGAGUCAUCUAAUGACCUGUUUGAAAAAGAGAAGGUGAUGAAUAUAGUUAAUGUAGUAGGUAAUACAGAAAACUCUCUUCCUAGGUUUUCUGAUAAGAAGAAGGUUUUGAAUAGUGAGAAUGAUGAAAUAGCUGGUAUGUUGAUUGACAAAGUAUUAAGCAUGAGCAAGCUUAACUAUCUGUUGUUAGCUAAGCAGGUAGCUCUAAAAAAAGUGUAUAUAGUUAAAGUAGUUGAUAAAGAUGGUUGGAAAGUUGUAACAAAAAUGGCUUUAAAUAAUUUAGUAGAUCCAAUAUCAUAG